AUGAUCAUCAAGGAAUAUAAAGUAAUAAAUAACUGCACAUGCGAAGAAUAUCAAGUAGCUCAGCUGUAUACUGUUACGGAAGCUUCAAAAGCCGAAACUGGCGGAGGAGAAGGAGUAGAAGUAAUCAAGAAUGAACCAUAUAUAAAUGAUGAAAGCAAAGGACAAUACACAUAUAAAAUAUAUCACCUUUCCAGUAAAGUUCCUGCGAUUAUUCGUUUAGUAGCUCCUAAUGGGUCACUUGAAUUAUACGAGGAGGCAUGGAAUGCUUUCCCUCAUUGUAAAACUGUUUUGACCAAUGGAUAUAUGAAAGAAAAUUUUAAAUUAAUUACAGAGACAAUGCAUGUUGAUAAUAGUCGUGGUGAAAUCGAUAAUGCUUUGAAUAUCCCUGUAGAUUUGCUUGAAAAACGAAAAGGUAUGAUCAUUGAUAUUGCCAAUGAUUGUAUUGAUCCAAAAGAUUAUAAAAAGGAUCAAGAUCCAACUUUAUAUCAUUCCGAAAAAACCGGUCGAGGUCCAUUGAAAGGUGACUGGAUUAAUACAGUUACACCGGUUAUGACUUGUUAUAAACUAGUUACCGUUGAAUUUAAGUGGUUUGGCAUGCAAAAUAAAAUUGAGUCUUUCAUUCAAAGUACAAUGCAAUCAUUGUUCACAAAUUUUCACAGACAACUUUUUUGCUGCACUGAUAAAUGGUAUGGUAUGACCAUGGAUGAUAUUCGAGCUCUAGAAGAUAAAACCAAAGAAGAUCUGGACGAGUCUCGUGUAAAUCCACCAGUACCAGAAGCAUAA